AAUACGGCAUUUAGCUAUCGUGCAGAUGCAGCAUCUAUCUUCAUACGCUGCAACUCUGGGAUUGGAGGCUAUAAAGCGAUACAAAGAGAAAAUAGCAGUGAUUGGUGGUCUAGAUCCAUUUUCAGCAGCCCUUGGAAAGCCAGUAGAUCAUGUUCCACCACUAGAGGCAAGUGAUAUUGUCUCUUACUUGAUCCUGCAGACUAGUUUCAUCACAUCUAAACAAUUCAAAGCCAGAAAAUCGCUUGAAGCAUACAAUCAGUUUGUUUGUGGAUGGGUCAAGGAUGUCAGUACCUGGACAGUGUGUGGAUCAUACCUCACAGUUGGCCGUGUUCGACAUUCUCAGCGCUUAAACGAUACUCCUUUGGCAUGUUGGAUCAUACUUGAUUUGACAGGUGCUGUGUCUUGUGCUCACUGUAAUUGUAUGGCUGGCCUUGGAGAGGUUUGUACGCAUAUAGCGGCAGUACUGUUUUAUCUGGAAGCUGCUUACAGGAUUAAAGGAAAGGAAACGUGUACGCAAACCAAGUGUGAAUGGCUUUUGCCAUCUUUUUUGAAGAAGAUAGAAUACAAACCCGUCAGGCACAUUGACUUCACUUCUACAAAUAGUAAAAAAAGAAAAUUGGACGAAAUGAUCGAUUCCUCCUCUACUUCUAAACAGCAACAAUCUGAUAAUCAUCCUGCUACUAGCACAGAGCAAAAGGUAUACACAAAUAUCCCUGAUGAAAAGGAAAUGAGUGAUUUUUUUGAGAGCUUAAAUCAUUGCGGUACAAUACCAGUAGUACUCUCAUUGGUUCCUAAUUAUUCGGACAAAUUUGUAAAAUGUAAUGAACUUCCUAGGCCUCUUCAGUUGCUUCAUGAUCCUAAAUUCAUGACUCUAGAAUAUCAAGAGCUCCUUAACGAAUGUGCAUCACUUAAGAUACUUUUAACUAAGAAUCAAGCAGAAAAGGUUGAAAUCGAAACCAGGAAUCAGGCUAAGUCUAAUCUUUGGUUUAAAUUUCGAGCUGGAAGGGUGACUGCGUCAAAAAUGAAAGCUGUUUGUCACACCGAUGCCUUAAACCCUUCCCAGAGCUUAGUAAAACGUGUUUGUUAUCCCGAGGCUUUUUGUUUCAAAAGCAAGCAAACUACCUGGGGUUGCAAACACGAAAAACCAGCAAGAGAUCGAUAUUUUGCAAAAUCUACUCAAGUGCAUGCUGAGUUUGAAGUACGAGACAACGGUUUAUUCAUUAGUAAUGAAUGGCCAUAUAUCGGUGCCUCACCAGAUGGUAUAAUCAAUUGCACAUGCUGUGGAACAGGUGUAUUAGAGGUUAAAUGCCCUUACUCUCAUCAAGGUGAACGUAUUUCUGAAUGUGCUGCCAGUGACAAGAAUUUUUGUCUCAAAUAUUCUUCCGAUAAUACUCUUUAUCUUGACCAGAAGCACGAAUAUUAUUAUCAGGUGCAAACACAGCUGUUUGUAUUGGAUGUAGACUACUGUGAUUUUUGUGUGUGCACAUUUACAGCUGAUGAAGAAUCUGAUCUUUACAUUGAAAGGAUAGUUAAAAAUAGGAAGUUCUGGGACGAUUGUAUUCUUAGAGCUGGACUAUUUUUCCGAACAUGUAUUCUUCCUGAAUUAUUAGGCAAGUGGUACACAAGAGCAAGAAAAGCUAGCGAUAAUCUGAGUGUCGUAAACCCCGACAUAGGUUCCGACAUAGCUACUAUCUAUGGCUCUGAUCAAAGCGGUCCUUCCAGUUCUACUGACAUUUACUGUAACUGUCGUGCCCCAGCCGACGGUAAAAUGAUUGGGUGUGACAAUGAAAAUUGUAAAAUUGAAUGGUUCCACACUAAAUGUCUCAAUUUGAAAACGAUACCUAAAGGCAAGUGGUACUGUUCAGCUUGCAAGAAGCCAUAACAACACUAACUAUAAUAGCUAAACCUAUAAUUGAUGAGUAUCGUUAUACAUAUAUACCAUUGCUGUAU